AUGCAAGCACUGCGAAGGAGAGGAUCAAGUCUCGUUCCUGCCGACGUCAAAGACGGUCACGCUCAUCACGCCUGGAUCACAAAGAUCUUCAGGCACAGAAGCCCAGUUGGCUCUCAAGACAGCAUUCCACCCACGUAUGAGUCUGCCACCGCCUCAUCAGGAGAGACGGUCCGAUUGGACAACCUGAAGCGAUACUGCACUUCACUUGUUCAGCUGCCUCCUGACCUGGAUGAUGUACCACUGAGCACGCUCGAAGCUGCAUCGACACAGUAUGAGCAAGCUCGCGAGCUCGUACUCGAGCAGGGCGUCGAAGCCCUCAUCGUGCGCGUCGAGGCAACGGAGUCGUUGCUCAAGACCUUGUCAGAUCAGCACCGACGUGCUCUUCACAAGGGUGAUGGUGCGAGCGGCGAGCUUUCAGAGCGCCUUGACAUCGCCAAGGAACUCGACAAGAAUGCUCGCUCGGUGCUGUUCGAAUGCCAAUCCAUGCUUCGAAAGAUUGAAGGAGAGCAGCUCCGCCUAGCGACUGCGCUCGAGUGGGUCAUUGUUGUCGACUGA